UUCAACGGUUUAGUUAGUACUAACGUUACUGUUACCCUAUGAGGGUUUAAGAAACAGUGAUUCCAUUCCAGAUUUUAAUAUAUUAUUUCUAUUGAGAAUACUUUUAUUUAUUUAUUUUUUUUUUUUACUUGACUAGUAUAACCAAUCUUCUUGUUUUAUUUUCUGGAACCAUUUACAAAAAUAAUUUUCCAAACAUUAUAGUGUAUGCCUUUAUAAUAUGACUUAUGUACGUACAGAUGGUGAAACAGAACCAUUGUUCCAAAAAAGUAAUUCAUUUUCUAAACGAAAACCAAAAUUGUUUAAGUGGCUUUUAUAUAUAAUUUUGUUCGGAAUAUUGUUACUGGGUGCUGUUUUUAUCUUAAACAUUUUUAUUAACGAUGGCAUAAAAUCGGAACCCAGCGAUGUCCCAAAAAAAAAAAGUUCAUUUCGUAUCACGAGUAUUGCAACCACAAAUGAUGAUUAUAUAAAACAAUGUGCUCCUAAAAUGAAAUGUGAUCCAACCGCUAAGUACAGAAGCAUAAAUGGAUCAUGUAACAAUUUAGAAAUACCUACGAGAGGAGCAGCAGGAUCGCCAUUUUAUCGUUUAAUUAAUGCUAAUUUUAGUGAUGGUUAUUACAAACUACGUGUUCAGACAAAUGGAAGCCCAUUACCCUGGCCAAGGGUGCUCGAUAUUGACAUAUUUUUGAACCGUGAAAUAUUUAGAGUUGAUGAAAAUAAUGUACUUUUAUUACCAUUUGGACAAUUAUUAGCCCAUGACAUAUCGAGUUUGCCCAAUGAUCUAAUAUCAGAUGAAAAUGGUGAUACAAUAGAUUGUUGUGUGGCUGAAAAUAAAAUAAAAUAUUAUAAUCAAUGUCAAUUCGUGAUUUACAAUUUACCCGACGAUCCUGUUUAUGGUGUGCACAAUAAAACUUGUACGCCUAUGUUCCGAUCACUUACAUCAAGAAAUUACAGUUGUCCGUUAUACCCUACAACAUUUAUCAAUGAUGUUUCUCAUUUUAUCGACGCGAAUGAAGUGUACGGUUCAAAUGAAAAUAACGCACGAGAGCUUAGAGCUAUGGAGGGUGGAAGACUUAAAUUUUCUAUCGCCGACAAUGGUCAAAUAUUCUGCCCGAUGAUGAGAAAUCAAUACAAGGCAUCAAGUCGUCAAAAAAAUAUCCAUCUUCAAUUCAAAACAGGGGAUCCAGCUAACGGGAAUCAAAAUUUAGGAAUAACUACAAUGCAGAAUUUAUUUUUAAGAUAUCAUAAUUACAUUGCUUUUAAGCUUUCGACUUUAAAUCCAUCUUGGUCUGAUGAAAUUAUUUAUCAAGAGUCACGAAGAAUUGUCAUCGCAACUAUUCAACGUAUCGCGUAUGAAGAUUUCUUACCAAUUAUUAUUGGAAAUGAUUUUCAAGAACUAUAUGGAAUAAACGAAGCAAAUAUCUAUGAUCCUACCAUAAAUCCAUCUACAUCCAAUGAAUUCUCAAGUGCUGCUAGUCGAGCUCUCCACGCAAUUAUACCAAUAGCAGUCAAUUUAAUGAAUAAAGACUAUGAAAUAGAAAAAUCAAUAAGACUUACGGAUUGGAUGACAAAAUCAGACCUAAUACCUAUAAAUGAUAAUUUUGAUAAAUUAUUAAAAGGUUUUAUAGAGACUCCAGGUCGAGUGUUUCAACCUUCAUAUAAUUUUGAUAUAUCUAAUUAUUUAUUUCCUCUACCAAAUGAACCUUUAUAUAAAGGUCGUGAUCUACUUGCACUCGAUAUUGGAAGGGGCCAGGAUGUGGGCCUUCAACCAUACAAUCAAUUAAGACAUCUUUGCGGGUAUCCAUUGGCUAAAAAUUUUGAAGAUUUGGCGGAUCUUAUACAUAUAAAGGACAUUAGCAAAUUGAAAAAACAUUAUUAUUCAGUUAAUGAUAUCGACUUAAUAGUAGGUCUUUUAUUAGAAAAACCCAGUGAUGGUGCGAUUGUAGGUCCAACAACACAGUGUUUAUUUGCUGAAAAUUUUUAUCGAUUCAAAGCUGGCGAUCGAUUUUUCUAUGAUGUAAAAGGACAGCCCGGUAGCUUUACAGAAGAUCAACUGAAAAUGAUAAAGAAAAUUACUUUUGGCCAUGUUAUAUGCGCUACUUCGAACGUAGACAAAGUACAAAAAGACAUAUUCAAAAUAGUCGAUCACAACUUAUUUCCAUCCAUUAAAAUGAAAUGUGAUGAGGAAUUUGAUUUAAAUUUUGAAGCCUGGGGAGAAGCAAACAAUCAUCCAGAGUUGUGAAAUAAUUGAAGCGUUAAGAUAAAUAUAUAUUGUACAUUAUA